UGAAGGUAGUUGCCGAAGUUGUCGGGGCAGGCGAGAGUCCACGGGAGCGAGCACUGCUGUGGAUUACACCGGCUGGGGAAGAACCGGAGGGACGGGAGCAAACUUGACAAGCGCACAACUAGUUUCGCACCACGGUCGAUCGACGGGAGUUUAACGGCGAUUUUAACGUCACCCUAGGAGCACCGGAGAGCGUGUUUUCUGCCCUCCGAGGACCCGUAGAGGAGGUAGGUGAAGCUCCGCAAAUGAAGCCAUGGUAACAGAUUUUUUCCUCCUGUGGUGAACUGCCUGGUGGAGAGUCAGAGGCAUCAUGGCGGAAUUGCCUAUUGCCCCGGGCCAGGUCUACAUCGAGGUGGAGUAUGACUACGAGUACAAGUCCAAGGACCGCCUCAUUACCAUCCGGCAGGGGGAAUGCUACAUGCUGGUUAAGAAAACAAACGAGGACUGGUGGCAGGUGAGGAAAGAGGAAGGGACUAAAGCCUUUUAUGUACCUGCUCAGUAUGUCCGCGAAGUUCGCAAAGCCCUCAUGCCUCCUUCCAAACCCAUCCCACAUCCUCCUGCCAACACCGGCAACACGUCUCCACUUAGAGCAGGUUCACUUUGGGUAAAACCAUCAAAUCUGGAGCUGGGACUCCACGAUCCGCCCGCCGAGAACCUCCACAGACGUGAGUCCAACUAUCGGCGCUCUCCUUCAGCACAAACUGCCUCUUCGGGCAACUUUAGUCCUCCCAUUCCACGCAGGGACAGUAACCACCACCAUCACGCCCCCACCACUCCCACCGACCACGACAGAUCUCUGGCUGAAAUCCUUGUCCACGGUGGCGGCCCCCAGCCCUCUUACAAAGGGGGGUCCAGCACUCUGCCCCGAACCCGAGCCAGAUCCCCGGAGAUGGUCAGGGCCCCGCUAGACGUGGACAACACCCAACACUGUGACUCUGCGGGGGAAGAGAGGCGCACCAACGACUCCGAGUCUGGAGACGAACUGAGCAGCUCUUCCACCGAACAUCUCCAGACGGUAUCUUCGUCAGGCCAGGGCCGCUCCGAGUCGCCCGUCUACACUAACCUCCAAGAGCUGAAGAUCACCCAGAGCAACCAGCCUCCUCCGCCCUCUGGCUCCCCCCUCCAUGUCUUUGGUGACUGGGAGACCUACAAGGACCAGAAUGGCAGACACUUCUACUACAACCGAUCCACCCAGGAGAGGACCUGGAAGCCGCCUCGAACCAGGGACACCAGCACCGGGAACUCAAGAGGAGACAGCCACAGCACUGGGGAGAGCUCCGAGACCACCCCUCUCUCGCUCUCCCCGUCUUUCCUUCCCUUCCUGUCGCUCUCCAUUGGUCGGCUGCAGCCUCUGUCGUCGGAGGACACCUGCUUCAGUACCUACUCGAGCCAGUCGGACAGCCAGUAUGGCUCGCCGCCGCGUGGCUGGUCGGAGGAGAUGGAUGAGCACGGCCACACGCUGUACGUCAGCGACUAUACUAACGAGAAGUGGUUAAAACACGUUGAUGACCAGGGCAGACCUUAUUACUACAGUGCAGAUGGCUCCAGGUCAGAAUGGGAGCUCCCAAAGUACAACCUCUCCCCUCCUCAGCCGACCGGAGACGCUCCAAAGAGUCGCAGUCUGGACAGGAAACAUGUGGAGCCCAUCGUCUUGACCAAAUGGAGACACAGCGCCUACGUCCAAGACCCAAACGACAAGCGGCUGUUCAAAACCAGGCGUUUCCGUGCAGGCUCUGCCCGCCCUCACCCGUACAAACACCAAGAUGCUCCUCAGGGCUACAAGCCCCCCUCUCCCGACUCCGACUCCUGCCCUUCGUCUCCAAAGCCCCCCGCCUCCCCGUCUGAAAAAUGUGGAGUUCUAAACGUGACAAAGAUCACUGAACAUGGCAAGAAAGUACGGAAGAACUGGACUUCUUCCUGGACCGUCCUCCAAGGUUCAUCGCUGCUGUUUGCUAAAGGACAAGGAGGCGGGACCAGCUGGUUUGGAGGCAGUCAGUCCAAACCUGAGUUCACUGUCGAUCUAAGAGGUGGCUCGGUCGAGUGGGCCUCUAAAGAUAAGUCCAGCAAGAAGCAUGUUAUAGAGCUGAAGACUCGGCAGGGCACCGAGCUGCUGAUCCAGUCGGAAAACGACGGCCUCAUCAACGACUGGUUUAGAACGCUGCAGGACACCAUCAGCACCCACGCUUGGGAGUCUGAUGAGGCGAUUGAAGAGGACAUGCCUGAGUCGCCUGGUGCAGAGAAACACGACAAGGAGAAAGAACACAGAGAUUCCAAGAAAGGCAGAGCCAUGAAGCCCUCCACCAGCAUGGACGCCUCGGACAACAAGAAGACCAGACACAAGCUCAAGAAGUUCCUGACCCGCCGUCCGACCCUGCAAGCCGUCAGAGACAAGGGAUACAUCAAAGAUCAGGUGUUUGGCUGCAGUCUCUCCAGUUUGUGUCACCGGGAGAGCAGCACGGUGCCCGUCUUUGUCAAAAUGUGCAUUGACCACGUGGAGAACAACGGUCUGUGUGUAGACGGGCUGUACAGAGUGAGUGGAAACCUGGCUGUCAUACAAAAACUACGCUUUGCCAUCAAUCACGAUGAGAAGGUGAAUCUGGCAGACGCAAAGUGGGAGGACAUCCAUGUGACCACCGGAGCUUUGAAGAUGUACUUCAGAGAGCUGCCCGAGCCGCUCUUCACCUACUCUCUCUUCCACGACUUUGUCAGCGCCAUCAAGCUACCCGACCACAAGCAGCGAGUUCAGUCGAUCAAAGAUCUGGUCAGACAGCUGCCCAAACCCAACCACGACACUAUGCAGGCUCUCUUCAAACACCUCAGGAAAGUGAUUGACUACGGCGAGGAGAACCGUAUGACCACCCAGAGCAUCGCCAUCGUGUUCGGCCCGACGCUGCUGCGACCCGAAACGGAGACCUGGAACAUGGCGGUCCACAUGGUCUAUCAGAACCAGAUCGUGGAGCUUAUACUGCUGGAGUAUGAGAACAUUUUUGGCAGGUAGAUGCCAGAGGACGAGCCUUUUUUUUUCUUUUUUUGUUUUCCACUUCCAGUGCAGAGCUCUUCCUAACCCAAGCAUGGCCCUGCCAAAAGUCAUCCUGGCCCAGCUCGGCUCGGUCCAGUCCGGCUUCUCUUCAUCUCUACCCAACCUGGCUUUACUGCUAUUAACCGGCUUCUCCGAUCUUCCGGACCAGCACACAUGAACCAAAACGUAGAACUAGUGACCAACAAGUUUUAGACUGUUUGCACUUUUCAGCCUCUCGUUUUCUUUCUGCAGCUGCAUUUGUGCCACUUUACUGCAAAGUCCUUCUGUCCCGACACUGGAUUAAUAAAACUGGUAAGACGUGGGCCGAACGAGCUUCGACAGCUGCACAGACUGACUGAGACCAAAGGAGCAGCAGAAGAAAAGCCUCAGCCGGCUGAACUGCAGACGAGGCGUCAGUAUUGGAGGCUUGAGAUGCUGGAUGCCACCUGUAUGGACUGUACUGUAAAUGUCUCUGCUUAUAGUCACUCCUGUGUGAACCACACUGGGGAAGCAACAGAAGAAACCAAACUGCUGAAUUCUCACCACCCUCAGCUUGGCUUUAGGCGUUUAUACACUAAAAGGUGAAGCUAGAACAAGGGGAAGAACAUGUCCGCUUUCUUUUUAUUUUACCGAAUCUCCAUUUUCUACCAUUUUCUUCCUGAUUAACAGGACCGAGGUCCUCUGAACACAUAAGAGGUAGUCGCCACUCUGUAUUAUAUCUGCACGCCACCUUCUCAGUUUUAGAACAAAUCAUCUCACAGCAGUCAACUUGAAAAAACAAACAAACUGACGGUACUGAGCUGUGUCUUUCCUUCAUGUAAAAUGUUCGGGCGAGCAGCCUUUCGGACGUCUCCACUGAUGAAUCUGUACAGUGUUUAUGUGUGCGCAUGUGAAUGGGAGGGUGGAUGAAUUAAUGGAUGAAUGAAUUUAAAGACAAUAUAUUGUACAAAUAGUAAAUGUAAGUACAUAUGCCUGGAGCGACACGGAUGUGAUACGAGGGAGAAAUCACUAUUUUGUGAUCGUUGUAAAGUGGGAUGUGGAGGUUUACCUGUUGGCUUUAUCGAACUGGAAUAAAAACCUCUAAUAAGAGA